GGCGGGGCCGGCCGGAGCGGCGAGCUGGACACGCAGCGGCGAGCUGGGCACGCAGCGGCGGAGUGCAGGGUGAAGACUAACUGGAACCCCAGCAGCAGGCCCCCCGAGAUGCUCUGGGCAUGGCCUCUGGAACCCCACAGCAGAGCAGCCAGAUGGCAGAGGAGACCCCAGGCUUCCUGGAUGCACUCCUCCACGACUUUCCAGCCCCACUGAGCCUGGAGAGCCCUCUGCCCUGGAAGGUCCCGGGGACAGCACUGAGCCAGGAGGAGGUGGAGGGCGAGCUGGCCGAGAUGGCGAUGGGCUUCCUGGCCAGCAGGAAUGCUCCACCACUGCUUGCUUCAUGUCUGGCCCAUGAGGCAGUUUCCCAGCUGCUGCAGACAGACCUGUCUGAAUUCAAGAUGUUGCCCAGGCAGGAAGAGGAGGAGGACCACGACAAGGAAGAGGAGAAGGCCCCUGUGACCUUGCUGGAUGCCGAGGGCCUGGCAAGGACUUUCUUUAACCAGCUCUGGGAAGUAUGCAGCCAGUGGCAGAAGCAGGUGCCCUUGACUGCCCAGGUUCCACAGAGGCAGUGGCUGGUCUCCAUCCAUGCCAUCCGGAAUACUCGCCGCAAGAUGGAGGAUCGGCACGUGUGCCUUCCUGCCUUCAACCAGCUUUUCGGCCUGCCCGACCCCGUGGACCGCGCCUACUUUGCCGUGUUUGACGGUCACGGAGGGGUGGAUGCUGCGAGAUACGCCGCUGUGCACGUGCACGCCAGUGCUGCCCGGCAGCCAGAGCUGCCCACGGACCCUGCGGGAGCCCUCAGACAAGCCUUCCGGCACACCGAUGAGAUGUUUCUCUGGAGAGCCAAGCGAGAGCGGCUGCAGAGCGGCACCACAGGUGUGUGUGCACUCGUCGCAGGAAAGACCCUGCACGUCGCCUGGCUCGGGGACUCUCAGGUUAUCCUGGUGCAGCAGGGACAGGUGGUGAAGCUGAUGGAGCCGCACAGACCCGAGCGACAGGACGAGAGGGAGCGCAUUGAAGCACUGGGUGGCUUUGUGUGUCACAUGGACUGCUGGAGAGUCAAUGGGACCCUGGCUGUCUCCAGAGCCAUUGGGGACAUCUCCCAGAAGCCCUACGUGUCUGGGGAGGCGGACGCAGCCUCCCGAGAGCUGACAGGCUCCGAGGACUACCUGCUGCUCGCCUGCGACGGCUUCUUCGACGUUGUCCCCCACCAGGACGUGGCUGGCCUCAUCCAGAGCCACCUGGUCAGGCAGCAGGGCAGUGGGCUGCACGUCGCUGAGGAACUGGUGGCUGCAGCCCGGGAGCGGGGCUCCCACGACAACAUCACGGUCAUGGUGGUCUUCCUCAGGGACCCCCGAGACCUGCUGGAGGGCGGGGCCCAGGGGGCAGGGGACUUGCCCUCUGGCAUCUCAGAGCCAGAGACCAACACUCUACAGAGAAGCUAGGAGGUCCAGGCCCCCCGCCUGCUCCCUGUGAUCCUCCCUCAGAUGCCUUAGGACCGGACAGAUGGCAGUGGGCAGGUGGCAACACCCACGCAGUACUUUCCCCAGGACCCCGAGCCCCUCGUGCUGCUUGCAUCAGCCCAUCUCGGCGGCAAGACCUGCACUGGGUGGUGAGUGUCUCGCCUUGCUGGCGACAGGCAGUGGGACCGCGGGGUCUCUGAAGGAGGCCUAGGGAGGAGACCUCACGACAGUGACGAGGCCCGGGAGGUGGACCGGCCUUAUUCCCCAUCGGGCAGGGGCCGGACCAGAGGCUACAGGCGCCAGGCAAGCGAGCGGGGCAGCAGGACGCUGUACGGGGGGCCCUCAGGCGGACCCGGGAGCCACGGACGUUCUCAAAUGCAUCCAGCAGAGGUUUCUCGUCGGCUCCUCCUGCCCACAGCUGCAAGAGGAAAAGAGUGAGUGCCAGGGAUCUGGUCUGCCGCGUCCCGCACCCGCUGGUGACACGCCUGCCCUGGCCUCCCUGGUCCCCUCGUCCCUGGAGCACCUGGGGAGAGGAAGCUCAGAACAACCACGCACACAUCUUUUGUUUGUGGUCUCUUGUUUUCCAGGGAGAAGUCUGAUUCAGAAGCAGUAUUUCAGAGUUGUCUUUGUUUCAUCAGUGCCAAGGUGACCUGAUGUGUCAUAUAACUUAGACAGGGCUUAGCGUUUAUUUUAUUCCUUAGAAAACUAAGUAUUGUUUUUUUUUUUUAGGGGAAACUUCUUUUGCAGUGUUACUGAAUUUUUUUUCCUAAAUCAGGAUUGAAACAAAGAUUUUUCCAGGUGGUGUUAAUAAGCCAUUCAAGUGCCUUAACCAGCUUUAGGUGAGGCUGGAAGUGCCAGGCCUCUGAAGGAUUCUACUAGCCGUGUUUCACUUUUUACGAAGCAGGAUUUAUUUUGUCAGGCGUGAUUUGGGCUAGAAUUCUUCCUGAAGAGUUCUUGCUUUGUGAUGCGCCGCUGACAGUCAGCAAAGUGGCCCUGAGAGCGUGGCCUGGGCCAGACCACGGGGCUCUGGGGGCUCAGGGUGACCGUGGCCUGCCCCCCAGCCCCCCUUGGCCCUGCCCCUCAUGUCUCUGGCUGGACCCCAAGCUGAGGGACCGAGCUUCGUGAAUGGGCAGGUCCUUGCUGCUGUUUGACUAGAAUAUUCUAGAAUCUCUUGUGUAUUGGUAGUUGAGUUGCAUUCAUUGGGGAACACACUGAAGAGGCUCUGGCAAGUCUGGAGGUAGCUUGGGGGUCUCUGGUUCCGUUUGGAGGCAGCAGGGUUGCUGCUGGGAGUCUGUCCCACCUGCCCAGGCCGCAGCCCCUCAUUCUGCCCCGUGACUGGCUGCCUCCGCUGCCUUCUCUGCCCAUGGUCCCCCUGCCUGUGAGCAACUCGCUGUCCCCUAGUGCACCUGGGAAGGUGAAGCUCGGAAGCCACAGGACUCGGGUGAUACAGGCUGCUCACGUCAAGUGGGGCAGAUGUGACUCGAGUGUGGAGUUGAAAGGAGCAGGGCUGGGUGAGGGCUCCAGGCAGAGGUCAGGGGGCCCUGGAGAGAGGGGUCUCUCCGGAAGGACCCGGCUCACAGUGGUGGGCAGGGCUGCUGCAGGCGGAGGCCAGCAGGUCUGGGAAGGGCAGUGGGUGGCUUUGGCUUAGCUGAGGUUUCAGGAGAAUGUCACUGGCGGGGCAGAGGGCAGGGGGAGGAAGCUUGGCAUCAGGUCCCCAAGGCCGUGCAGUCCUGUGGUUCAGCGUCCACCCACAGCAGUGGGGCCCCGGGAGGGUCUGCACAGGGAGCGAGCCCACCUGCCCUGCCGGGAGCCUUGGCCCCUCUCAGCCCAGGGAGGGGGGAUGGUGAGAGCCGCCCUCCUGAGGCGAGUCUGCUGUCCAGCAAGGAGGGAGGGAGCCAGCGGGGGGGCCACCACCUGCAGCCUCAGCAUUUACCCCCCACUCCCACGGCAAGGAAGAAGCAGCUUAGACGUGGUCAAUGCCUUGCUCAAGGGCUCAUGAUAAAAAGCAUCCUAAACAUGGUCACUGCAAUUCAGAGAAUGUUCGGUGGCCAACAUGACUUUAACUUGAAGGCCCCGCUGCCUUCUGGGAGCCAGAAGCCUCCUCAUUGGCCCCUCCCAGCACGAGGCUGGCAAGAGGCAGGAUGUGGCCCCACCCUUCACUACCAGCCCAGCCGCCCGUGGGCAUGACCUUAAUGGAGGGAGGGAUCGAUGUUUCUUUGCUAAUCUUACUCCAUUGAUUGCCGCCAAGAGUGGAGCUUCCCCCACGGAGUCUGGGUCACCCCACCUGGUGGUCUGAUUCAUGCUCCGGCCCGAAGCCCGGGAGAUCUCCCCAGGCUUGUCCCGGGGUCUUCCCUACCCUGAGCCAGGCUGCUGGGGUCAGAGGCUCCUGCCCCCCACCCACCAGGCUGCCUGGUGCGGCCCUGGGAGCUGCUCGUCCUUCCCUGGAGACCAAGGGAGCCUCGUUCUCCUGCUGCGCAGGGACUGGCCUUGUGCAUGCACCCCGGCACAGAGGAGAUCUCUCCAUCCUCACCAGGCUGGGCUGGGAGCCCUUGGACAUCUUCAGCCUCUGCGAGUCCUGGCGCAGUUCCUCUUCAGGCCACAGGCACUGGUGUGGACCUUGAUCCCCUUCUCAAGUACCAGCCUUGCCACUAGCUCAUCGUAUGAGCUGAGCAAGUCGUUGCGCCUCCCUGGGCCUGUUUUCCCUUCGUAGGGCACAGGGUUGCACUGAGUCUGUGCAGCAGCUCCUGGAAUUUUGGAGGUGCAGGGGCCACUCGGGGUGAGCCCGGUGCAUCAGGGAGAUGCCACCAGCGCUGAGGGCCCAUCCCCCAUCGCCAGCAGGGAGGGCUGUUUAAGUAUUAUUAGUGUCUAUUCUUAAAUUUAAGUGGGUUGAAAAAGAAUCGAGCUGCAGCUGCCAGCGCCUUAUAUGGGGUACAAAAGCUGGAGAAGUCAGCCCUGCUUUCACAGGUAGGGCUGAUCCCGAGCGAGCGGGGGAGUUGGGGAGAGCAGGCUCCCUCUGCAGGUGUGGGGGGUGUGGGGCGCCUGGGAGGGGGCAGGGCGCAGCUGGGCUCUCCAGGUUGUUCUAGUCAAGUUCCCAACCCGCUGAAAUCCCGGAAGCAAAUGCAUGGCCUCCCUGACCCAGCCCGUCCUCAGCAUCCAGGACUAGGAAAUGGGCAUGUUUUGGGGGGAGAGUGACGGGGGGCUGGCCCCACGGGAGAAACACAGGCUCUCUGAGAUCCUGGGUCAGCUCUGGCGACCCCUGCCUUUGCUGCAGUCCUGCCUGCCUGCCCUGCCUGGGCCAGCACAUGGCCCCAGCCUCACCCCUUCCCCUGCGUCCCGGCUACCUCAGCAGUAUUCCCAGGGCUGGGGGCACAGCGCUGGCUGCUCCUAGGCCUGGCCCCCACCCAAGCUAAACGGAAACCGGGUGGACCUGUGCAAAAUAAGCUGUUUUGGUUUGAUUCUGGCUGUAGCCCCAGGGGGCAUCCCCGGGAGGCCUGCGAUUUUCGCCAAGGCUCCACAGCUUUGCCAAACGCACCGCACGAGCCUUGCCAAGGCUGUGCACGUCUCAGUGGGUUCCUGGGAGUGGUGUUCUGUGCGAGGGGAGGUCUUGUUCCAAGACAGGAUGGCAGUUCCCCUGUCUGCAGGGAUAAGUCCCCGGCAUGAAGGGGCCAGAAAGGCGAUCUCCUCCGAGGGCCACUGUGCUCAAGUGUCAAUAAACCAUGAGUUGUGAAACCCUG